AUGGAGCGCAGCGGAACGCCCGCGAACAUCCCGAAAAAUGUUGAAGAGGCCGCCGGCAUUUUUAGAGUUGGGGAGGAUGCCGAACUGGCGUACAGGCUUCAGGAGCAAGAAUAUGUCGAUGUCCAGCAAUUCAACGAAAACGAGCGAAGAAUCGUUGCUCACGAUAUUCAACUUGCAAAACGAGUUCAAUCGCAGGAGGAAGAUCGAGCGCUGAAAAUGGGCUAUAUUCCUGCUUACGUCAAGAAAGAAAUUGCGGAGAAAGACUUCAAAAUCGCCAACCAAAUCCAAGAUCAAGAAGUGAACAGAUUUGUCAAGCUCAAGCAAAACGAACGAGACGGCGAAGAAGUGGCCAAAGAACUCUACGAAGAAGAACAGAAAGAAUUCGCGAGGCGCGAGCGGGAGAUGAAAGAAAAAGAAAGAAUCGCAAAGCGAGAUCGAGAAGCUGCAGAAAGAAUUCAAAAAGAGGAAAUGGAGCAAUUCAAGGCGGCGGAAGAGCUUGCUAAAAUGACGGCCAGGGACUGGGCUCGGCAAGCUAUGUAG